CCCGCGGUCCCGGGGGAGAGUCAAGUCCUUCAGGUUGUGAGUCAAUCCAAUAAUGAACAAAUGCAAGAAACCUUAUGUUGACCACACUCUGAAACUGGAAAAAUUCACCCCUGAUGUUGUUGCUGAGAUUGAGAAGCUUUUUGCCAAGAAGUUUUCUUACACAAAGCCUGUGAGUAAUGAGUGGAAGCUGCCAGAUCCUAGUAUUGCUUUUACCUGUGAUCAUGAGGUGUUCGGCUCGCUCCUUGCUCUGAAGGACUCCAUGAAUGAUGUCAAGAAUCAGCUGAGUGACAAGAACCUGGUGGAGUGGCAUCAGCACACCUCACUGACCAACAGAGCAGGAAAAAUAAUUCCUCAUGUGAAGAAGUCGGUGAAUGCUGAGCUGUGUACCCAGGCUUGGUGCAAGUUUCAUGAGAUACUAUGCAGCUUCCCUCUUCUCCCUGAAGAAGCUCUUCAGGAUGGAGAGCUGAACUCUGUCCAUCUCUGUGAAGCACCUGGUGCGUUUAUAGCCAGCCUCAAUCACUACCUGAAAUCCCAUCGCAUCCCUUGCGAUUGGAAUUGGGCAGCUAACACUCUCAACCCGUAUCAUGAAGCAAACGAUGGCCUCGUCAUGAUUAUGGAUGACCGUCUCAUUGCGAAUACCUUGCCGUGGUGGUACUUUGGCCCAGAUAACACUGGUGACUUGAUGACAUUGAAGUAUUUAACGGGGCUUCAGCACUUCAUAAAAAAUAUGACCACAGUUCACUUGGUAACUGCUGAUGGCAGUUUUGAUUGCCAGGGAAAUCCAGGUGAACAGGAAGCUCUCGUUUCACCUCUGCUCUACUGUGAAGCAGUCACUGCUUUAAUGAUCCUGAGCACGGGAGGAUCCUUUGUUCUGAAGAUGUUCACAUUGUUUGAGCACUGCUCUGCCAAUCUACUCUUCCUCCUAAACUGUUGCUUUGAGCAGGUCCAUGUCUUUAAGCCGGCCACUAGCAAAGCUGGAAACUCAGAGGUCUAUGUAGUUUGUCUGCGCUAUUUGGGCAGAGAGAGCAUUCACCUACUGCUCUCCAAGAUGAUGCAGAACUUUGGUGCAGAAAUGGUCAACAAAGCACUUUUCCCCCAGCAUAUGAUACCAGCAUCUUUCCUUAAGAUGCAUGAGGAAUGCUGUGUAUUCUUCCACAAGUGCCAAGUAGAGACCAUCUCUGAGAACAUCCGGCUCUUCAAGUGUAUGGAAGAAGCAGAGCAGACAAAACUGAACAGCUUAAGAGAUUGUGCGGUGGAGCUCUUCAUGCAAAGAUAUUGCAUGAAACCUAUUGCCAGAAGUAACUGGCUGGUGAAGAAAUGCCAGGCUGGUUGCACAAUGAAUGCAAAGUGGUUUGGGCAGAGGAGCAAAUAUUUUAGUACGUACAAUGAGAGGAAGAUGCUGGAAACCCUGAUGUGGAAUGAUAAAAUGGCAAAGGGCUAUUUUAAUCACUGGGCCGAAGAGCACAGCUUUAAUAAUGCUGGUAAAAUGUGUGUUUUGGMAGGACUAUCCUUGAACCUUGAAUGUAGCCUGUGGUACAUUUUGGAAGGAAAGAGACUGCCAGUGGUAAAAUCUUCGCCAUUUUGUGAUGGUCAAGUCUUAAAAAAUCUUAAUGAAGCGAUGGAAGAAUGGGCAGGGGCCAGACURAGCAGCAGGCAAACGCUGCAGCCAUGUCCCUCUUGCAAGGUGCUUUCUGGGGAGCWGAUCCUGGCUGAACUGUCCAGCCUUACUGCCUGUCACCAGGAGGUCCUUAGCACAAGCGACAGUGAGCAGUCCACGUGCCUUGUGGUGGGCUUUCCAUCCCUUUGCAGGACCAAAAGCCAGCCCAACAUGGAGAUGAAGCUCCUGGAAUCCCCCCUGCUGCUGGCGUUUAGCUUCUCGCUGGUUUAUGAUGGAGAACCAAAAUACCAGCAGCAGCUUUUGGAGUGUGUUCUGGAUUCCUUGAAGCAGCUUAAGGCAGGAGAUGCGUUGGUCCUGCCUGUUCUCUCCUGCUUUACACGCUUCACGGCGGGCCUCGUCUUCAUCCUGCACUGCUCGUUCAGAUGCCUGGCGUUUGCUUGUCCCACCUCCCACGAGCCACUCCAGACCUGUGCCCUUCUGCUGUGCCUCGGCUACCAGGGCCUCCCAAAUGCUGUCGUGGAGUAUCUGCACCACCUGAACAAACUCAUGUGCUCUUUGCUGGACUCGGAUUCUCCCCAGCAGGUUUUGCAGUUUGUGCCCAUGGAGGCUCUGCUCCAGGGCAAACUCUUGGAGUUCUUAUGGGAUUUGAACACGGGCAUUGCAAAGAGACAGCUCCACUUGAUCGUGCAGGCCGAGCAGCAGCAAAUGUCUAGGAGCAUUUCACUUUAAAGCAGCUCUGGAAUGGAGCAUAUUCAUGUGCUUAGAGCUGGUUUCCCAGGCAGGUGGAAGUUGUUAGGAAUGCUGUGACGGGGCAGGAAUGUCCCUGUUAAACCUUGGCUUGGCCGUCAUACUUUGAGGUGCUCUUUAGAGCUGCCAGGGUUUGUGGAAGCCAAAAUAGAGCGUUUGGGCCCAAAUGCUUGGCAGUGUUUGAGUCUGCUGCAGGACACAAAGGGAGAAGUGUCUUGUGAGUUACCUAACAAAUAUUAGGUGAAAAUGUCUGCUUUAAGCAGCAGCCAAAGAGUCUGGGGAAAGAUGCUCUUUGGUUUUAAUUUUGUCUAUGCUGUCUUUUUUUUGACAGGGUCUUUUAUGGCUGCUGCUCCUCAAAAAUCACUGAGUUCGUCAUAACUUUGUUUUUAAGUGGUUGAUGGGGGUCUUAAGUGGUCUUGACACCCGAAUGGAAGUGAAUCUAGUGGCUGUUGAUAAGGAUGUACAAAUGUUUUUGAGAUUAAAAAUAUAAUGUCCAGAUUGGUCCACCAAACAUGCUUUGUGGGAGGACUGGAGAAGCAUUAAGCUGGAAAAAUGUGUGAUGCUUUCUUUAAAAAAAUUAUGGUUAAAGUUUAACUUGUCUCUGCUUAGAGAUAAAAAUGAGAAGGUUAGGGAUUCAUGCGGUUCCUUUAAGAGGAUCAAACUUAAGGUUUUCGUAUCAAUAGUCAAAUUUUGAGGCCCAACUUGGCUGUGUUAACGCUUAAGUUUUUAAGUUGGUAGCUUAAAUGGGUAAAACUACUCGGAGGGAGAAAUGUCU